UUCCUUUUGAACCGGAAAUGUAAUGAGUUCACCUUGUGUCCAAACUCGAAGCAUAGAGACGAGGCGAACAUUUAAAGCUUGGGCGAGGAUUUUAACAUACAAAUGAAAUAUAAAUGUCACCUUAGCACAGCAGCAGCGUGUCUGCCUGUUCCUUCAACAGGAAGAAAAUAUGAAACAAGACGUGAGGAUACUUUUGUUGGGGGAACCCAAGGUGGGGAAGACUUCCCUCAUCGUGUCAUUGGUUGGCGAGGAGUUCCCAGAGGAGGUUCCGUCUCGAGCUGAAGAGAUCACCAUCCCUGCUGAUGUCACUCCAGAGAAGGUGCCGACACACAUAGUGGACUACUCAGAAAAAGAGCAGAGUGAUGAGACCCUGAGAGAAGAGAUUCUCAAGGCCAAUGUGGUGUGUGUGGUCUAUGAUGUCACCAACGAGGACUCGAUAGAGAAGAUCAAGACUAAAUGGAUACCUUUAGUAAAUGGAGAUGCAGAGAAAGGAAACAAAGUACCAAUCAUUCUUGUGGGGAAUAAGUCGGAUCUGCGCUCAGGUAGCUCCAUGGAAACCAUUCUCCCCAUCAUGAACCAGUUCUCUGAAAUAGAGACAUGUGUAGAGUGUUCAGCUAAAAACCUCAAAAACAUAUCAGAGUUGUUCUACUAUGCACAAAAGGCAGUCCUCCAUCCCACUGCCCCCCUGUAUGACCCCGAGGCCAAACAGCUCAAACCUUUGUGUGUCCAAGCGCUCAGUCGAAUCUUUUACAUCUCCGACCAGGACAACGACCGCGUCCUCAGUGACGCUGAGCUCAACUAUUUUCAGAAAUCUUGCUUUGGGAAUCCCUUGGCACCACAAGCCUUAGAAGAUGUAAAGACAGUGGUUUGGAAAAACACCAGUGAUGGAGUGCAGGACAAUGGCCUGACCCUAAAUGGUUUCUUGUUCCUUAAUACAUUAUUUAUCCAGAGGGGCAGACAUGAAACCACAUGGACAAUCCUCAGGAAGUUUGGUUACGAUGACAACCUUGAACUGACUGAUGAUUACCUUUACCCCGCACUACACGUUCCUGCGGGCUGUACCACUGAACUCAAUCAUUUGGGUCACCAGUUUCUCCAGCGGCUCUUUGAAAAGUAUGAUGAAGAUAAAGACUCUGCGUUGUCAGCGGCAGAGCUGAGAAAUCUGUUUUGUGCUUGUCCCUACAUGCCAUGGGGGGCCGAGGUCUACAUGACAGUCCCGACAACCGAUGAGGGUUACGUCUCUAAUCAUGGCUUCCACUGUCAGUGGAAGCUUUCUGCUUAUCUCGACAUACAUCGUUGCUUGGAGCACCUCGGAUACCUGGGCUAUCCUAUCAUUGCCGAGCAGGAGUCGCAGACCGCUGCAGUCACAGUGACGAGAGAGAGGGGGGUGGACCUGGAGAAGCGCCAAAGUCAGCGGUCAGUGUUUUUGUGCAAGGUGAUUGGCCAGCGGGAGACGGGGAAAACAGCCUUUCUCCAGGCCUUUGUGGGCCACAACACUGUGAACAAGGACGCUAAUAGCAGCAGUGCCUUCUCCCCCUUCGCCAUAAACACUGUCCAAGUUGGCAAUCAAGAGAAAUACCUUAUUCUCAAUGAGGUGGAUGUAGAGGCGGACUUCCUGAAGGCAUCAGAUGCCCACUGUGAUGUUGCAUGCCUAAUGUAUGACACCAGUGACCCACAUUCCUUUGAUUACUGUGCUAGUAUAUACAAGCAACACUACAUGGACAGCAACAUUCCAUGUGUGUUGGUGGCAUCCAAGCAAGACCUUCCUGAGGUCAAGCAAUUCCAUGGGGUGACUCCAGCUGAGUUCUGUUAUAAACACCGACUGCCUCAACCGUUGCCUUUCUCCUACAUGUUUCCGGACUCCAACAUCAAGAACAUCUACGCUAGACUUGCUUGGGCUGCUGUGUACCCACACCUGAAUGGUUCAGACAUGAGCAACACAUCCUUCUGGUUGAGAGUGGCAUUGGGUUCCGCUGUGGUUGCAGUUCUGGGCUUUGCCAUUUACAGAGUGGUUGUACGACUGAAAUGACCAGUGCCAGCAGUGUGGUUUGUUUGUUUGUUUAUGUGUUUGUCGUUACAGCCACACACAUUACAACUCCCAAUAGAGUCUGUCCUCAUCAUCGGUCAGUUGAUUUCAAAAGCAUUUCUUUUUGCCAUAUGCAGCAUUUCCCUGCCUUACCUUGCCUUUGCCCAGCUUAAUGUUGGCCUGUCUGCUUGAUGCAUCGAUACAUAAACUACUGCUCAUGUCCCAAUGGUUGCUCAAGCUAUCAAUAAUGGACAGAAAGGAUGGAGCAUUUUAUCAAUUGAGUGUUCAUGAGAUUGGAAGGCUUUUAUAUUGUAUACAUUCAAUUUUUCAUAAGCAAACAAACGGUGGCAUUUCGCUCACCUAGUAUAACUUUGCUCAUCAUUAAGCAGCAAAUGAGCAGCAACGUGUGAUUGCAUUUUAUUUGCAUCUUGGACGCGGACUUUGCCCUAAGGGGGAAUAGUUGGGAUUGGCUUGAUUUGUCUUGUUGAAAUGCUCCUCAGCUGGAGAGGAAAAUUGCUUUUCAUGGAAUACGUUGGCUGAUCUACAGACAAACCUUUAAAAUAUUGCAUUAUAAUUAUUUGCCCUUGCAAUUGUAUUCCUUUUUAAUUGAGACUGAAAUUGUUUGGAAAUGUGUGUUUAUUAUUCACUUGCAUCUGAAUACACAUUGAUGUAAUAGGAGCUGGGUACCUGCUGGUUUUAUGUCAGAAGUUUUUUCAUAAUGAAACAGAACUGAUUUUAACAUGCUCAAUAAACACACCAGGUAA